AUGAUUCGGAAGAGAAAAGGAGAUGCAGAAAGCACAGGACAAGGUUUCCUACCGCUGGUUGAUAAUGAAAUGGAAGAUGUUAUCCGUCAAUUAGACCAUCGGAUUUCCAGACUUGAAGGAGUCUUCUACUUGGAAAAGACGAUAACAUCAUCUGGAGGAAAAAUAUUUGCUACGAAUGGGAAAAAAGCAGAUUUCCGUACCACACUGAAAAAGUGCGAAGAGGCUGGAGGGUCUAUUGCCACUCCAAGGAACCAGGGAGAGAAUGAUGCCAUUCUGUACUUCGUGAAAAAUUUUAAUACCUAUGCCUAUCUGGGGAUAAAAGAAUCUCUAAUUCCAAGCAAAUUCCAGUUCCUGGAUGGUACACAACUGCGCUAUACUAACUGGCAUUUAAAUGAACCUUCUGGUAAAGGGGAAGAGGAAUGUGUGGAGAUGUAUGCUGAUGGCACUUGGAAUGACAAAAGGUGCAACCACAAUCGCCUUAUUGUCUGUCAGUUUUAG